UUCUGUCAGUGGAUGUGCACUGAUUUGUCUAACCAGUUCUCCAGUGAGGGGCUUCUAGGUGAUUUCCAAUUUGGUGAUGGUGUCAUUCACACUGUAAUGAGUAGCCAGGCGCGUCGCUUUGCUAGAGUCUUGGAUUAGUUCUUUCAGGGUAGCUUCUGAGAAGGGUGGUGAGUGCUGGAAUUUCUUAAUGACUCCCAGCAGAGUGCUGAACCCUGACGGGGUGGAGCAGACCAUGCUUCUCCGGGAGGAAGUGCAGGAGGCUCUGGGAGGGGUCGGGACUCAGCCUUCCCAUCCCAGGUGGGACUGUGGGAGCUACAGCUCCAUCGUCCUCACAGUGCAGAACAAAAAUGUGCACUCUGCCUCCCUGAGUGUCAGGUCUGUGGGUCUGUGAGUUCCAAGCCUCAGAAGCAGAGCCAGCCUCUGCUGCAGGGACCACUGUGCCGUCCCACUGAGUCCUGUGGCCUUUAAGGUGGGGUGUUCAGAGGCAUGAGGUGGAGUGUGAGCAGUUCCUGCCAGUUCACAAGGGUGCCCACCAAGUUCAGUGGGUGACAGUGAGUAUGCAGGGUGAGUGAGGAUUAGCCGAGGGAGCUGUUCUCUCGGAUGGUGGCAGGAGGAGGCGGGAGCCACCGAGAAUACUAAAAACUGCCCUUGCAAGGUUUCUGCCUCCUGUGUUCUAGUUCAGGUGCCUGGGAAAGCUGUACUCACCCUCUGCCUCUGCCCUCCUACCAGUAAGGUGGGCCAGAGUAACAAAACCCCAGCAUCAUGGGACGGAAGUCCAAGUAAUUACUAUUAUGGGGAAAAAAGCCUUGGGACAGUUACAUGUUGAGUCAUCCUUUCAUUCAUCACGUUGGUAUUGUGCAAAUCCCACACCCCAGGCUGCCCUGGGCUCUGAGAAUACCGUUGUGCAAAACAGACAAAGCUCAUGCUUCCUGGGACUUCCCUUCUGUUGGGAACAAGAAACACAUAUUCAUUUAACCUAGGAUAAUAGAUAUAUUGAGCAUGUGGCAAACAUACUAAUUUAAGAUAAUGGAAUAGCAUCUUCCCCAUAUACUUCUGCAUAGAAACCUGUGAAGGCCAAAUUAAAGCUCUGCAGAAGAACUUCCACGCGGCCAAUGCGUUUUGAGUGCCUCCUGGCAACACCGUACUAGGAUUUGAGGCCACAGUGCUGGUUUCUGCUCUCAAGGAGCUUAUGAGUUGCUGGGAGAAUAAGAGAAGGACACAAGUGUUAGAGUUGAACUCAUUGUAGGCAUUCAGCACCUGAAGGAAAGGGGAGGCUGAGCCCGGGUCUGGGUCCCCUUGGUGUGGUGCCUGGCUGCUGCGGCAUUCUUCCCACUGUCUGCACCCCCUCCCUGCCCCCAGACAUCAGCAACCUGAAGGAUUUCUCCUUUUUUUUAGAUGGCUGUCUGUCCUCAGGCAGGCAGAUUUUUAAAAAAAUUUUUAACCUCAAAGUCUGCUGCCACACUAAAAAAGGUAAAAUGCUGAUUUUUCAAUAAAUGUGAAUUAAUCCUCAACUAGGGCCUGUAAUUUAGGUUUGCCAUCACCAGGUAGUGAUAGGUGCCUGAGUUCAAGUAGCAAGAGAUCAUGACUUCCCUCCUCUCCAUGCUUGGAAAUAAGUGGAAGAAGCAUUUGGUUAUUAUGGCAAUUUGUCAUCUUUAGUUGAAAGCCAUGGCUUAGCUGUGUGUGUCUAUCCAUUUGUUUCUUCCCUGUGCUCUUUGACAUCAAUAUGAGAGACAUCGAGUGCCACGGGUGUUAUAUCAGGGUCCUCUCGCCAAAGCAGUGCUGGUCUUGUGGGCAUCGCAGGUGGUUUGCUCCCAGGGGUUCCUUACGAGGCUUCCUUUUCCUUUCUUUACCUUCUGUCAGCCAGCUGCCCCAUAAAGAACAGAGGGCAGCUGAGGUUUGCUGGAUCACUAGUAGGUAUGGAUGCUGUAGCUUUCCCACUUUUCUCAUUGCCUUGGGCCCCUGAAGUGCUCCAGGCUAUUUGCCUUCCCUGGCCUUCAUACAGUCUUCAGAGGCAGGUGGGAUGUAGAAUAGAAAAGAGACAAUUGUAUUUGAGGCAGUACUGGUCAGUUGGGUUGGGGAGAGAGCGGCAGAUGUCCUGGUGCCCUGACAGUCUCCUUGUUUUGGAGAACAUUUCACUGCUGUGGUCAUGGGGCCUGUUCUGGGCACCACAUCUCUCAUGAACUGUGUUUGUAGCAGGGUGGGGAAAGGAGGGUGAGCAGAGUGACAGAAUGCUGCUGGAGAUGGUGUGAAAAUAGCUCAGGUAGGAGGAAGCACAGUCAGAUGCACAGCACGGCAACUGGUGCAUCGGGAACCACUGGGCACCCACCCUGGAGAGAGGGUUUCUUUCCACCUCAGCUGGGGCGUCCUGAAACCGCCGGGUGCUCACGCUGCAGAGGGUUUCCACCUCAGGUGGGGCAUCCUGAAACCAGUGGGUGCCCACCCCGUAGAGGGUUUGUUUCCACCUCAGCUGGGGCAUCCUGGGGCUUUCUCUUGCUUAGGCUGGGGAGGAAUGCCGGCUUCCCCAUUUGCCCAUUUAGAAGAAAGUCAUCUCUCAUUUAUGUGAUGAGCAGAUUAGACACUGAAAAAGGACUUUUGGUUUCUACAUUGUUUGUUGGAUCUUAGACUCUCUUAUGCUUUGAAAAUAUGUCUUUUUGCAUAGGGCGGUUAAUUCCUGAUCAAAAAUCCACCCACCCAUCAACAUCUGAAUUUAUUCUCGAUUGCCUUUUUAAAAAGUUUUUCCACAAUUCUGAAUUCAGUGCUCUGCUCAUCGUCACCCCCACUUCUCACACUUCUUCGUCACUAUGCUCUUCCCAAGAGUACUUCCUCUUAAUACAACACAACUUGUGUUGUCCAGUGUGGGAGCCUCCAGCCAUGUGUGACUAUCUAAAUGUACAGUUAUUGAAAAUUAAGUGAAAUUCAAAAUGCACUUCCUCAGAUGUGCUGGCUACAUUUCAGACGCUCAGGAGCUGCGUAUGACUGGCGGCUAGGGCAUUGCACAGCCUGGGCUUAUAGAACAUUUCUGUUAUUGUAAACUGUGUAUUGGCCAGUGCUGCUACAGACUGGUCUAUAUAUCUCAGUCAGGAUUCAGCCCAUAACAGAAACUUCUUUGGCUGUUUUUAGAGGAAAGAUACUCAGUACAAGAAUUUAGGGGCUUAUAGAAUAAUUGAAAGUGCUGCAAGAGCAGGCUUUAGGCUAGGUCCGUGGGAAUGAUUCUCAAAACAAUGCUGCAGAACAGACCCGAGGAGGGAACCGUGGCUCAGGUACAUUUAUGGGGGACCUGGAGGUCACUGUGUCAAGGGCUGGCUCUGGGGUCACACCACCUUAUGCAUGAUCCAGGAAUCAGGAAGCCACUGGCUUGGCCCUGCCAGCUCGAUACCUGCAAAAUAGACACCUCCCCACCUGACUUAGUUUUGAUUCAGUUCUUGACUGGCAAAAGUUGUGUCAGGAAUUCUCGCUGCAAGGGAGGUCGGGAGCCAUUGUGUUUAGCUCUCCAGCCCCUGCAGUCCAGCAGGACACAGUAGGAGGAGGGUGGAAGAGCUGCUGAGACCUCCCGUCCUCCAGCCUCUCAUCCACCACAUGGUGCCCAGCACACACCAUCCUUCCAGAGAUGAGUGCCAUUGGGCUUGAGAUGCCAGGGCCUCAGGUUAUCAUCUAAGACCAAAAGACAGUGUCCUCUCUGCUCAUGUCCUCCAGCUAUCUUCGUACUGCAAUAGAUAGGGAAGAUUAAUGGCCCUGCUCUCAAGUCAUUUGGCCUUUAGUGGGCUGAGGAAGUCCGGUUUCUGUUCCAGGUUGUCUGCUGUGCUCUUAAGGGGCAUGUAGGCCCCUUGUCACUACAGCAAGGUAACAGUAAGAGCCAAGUGGGCUUCUGCAAAGGUCCUGGGUGACAAGUCGGCUUGAGAGAAGGCGUUUCCUUUGCCCUGCAGAGAUUGCUCAGUGGUCAGGACUUUAGGGGGAAAUUCAUUUGCAGUUCUUCCUUUUCUAGGAGUGAGCUGUGGCUGCUUACUCUCUCUAAAUCAGUCUGGGUGUCUGUGUCUAUGAGGGUGGAGGAGUGACUGGCCUUUGUGCUCACAGAAGGCACCAAGGCCAAGCAGGGUGACUGCUACUGAAGCAGGCUGGUAGCUCCAGACCUUCUCUUACACACAUGGCUGAUUGGGGGUCUCUUUACAAUGCCAGGGGCAUUGGGCAAGUUUAUUCAAGGGUGGCAUGGAGGUAGGGAAGUGGGGAGAACACUGGCAGCUAGUGUCUGAAUUCUGCUUAUUUGGACUUGAGGCUUGAAAAAGGGAUCACCUAAGCCCCAACCUGAAAUGUGGGAAGGGGUUGCCUAGCAAAGGGCAGAGGGGAGAACAUGAAGAACAUUCUAAGUGCAUGCAAAGGCACUGUGGCAAGCAAGAACUGGGCAUGUCUGAGGCAUGAAAUGAGCCACUUUGUCAGGAACGCGUUGGACCAGGCCCACAGGGGAGUGAGGUAAGCUCAGAGAAGCAGGCCAGGGCCAGUCUGUGCAGGUGUUGUAAGCUGUGGCAAGGAGUCUGGAUUUUGAAGGGAUCUAACUAGGGGGAUGACAGGGCCUGAUUUACAGAUUCUGUUUCUAAAAGGUCACCUUAGCUGCUGCGUGGAGAUUGGCUUGGGGAUGGCCAAGUAUGGAAUGAGGGAAAUGCCCGGGGAGGCUGCAGCAUUUCUGGGCAAGAAAUAGGUAGUGGCCUGGAGGAGGGUGGAGGCGUGAGAGAUGGAGAUCUUCCUCACAGCCUCUUUCUCCCGAACUUCUCUCCUAUGGUUACAUCCAAGAAGUCGGUAGAAGAGCGUGUGGCUUGAGAAUAAGCAUAUUCUUUAGGGGUAGAUGGAGUGACUCCAGCAGUGCUCUUUCUACAGUGUCCUAGCCCACCUUCAUCUGUAUCAUGAAAACAUUAUUGUCACAGUCAUUAGCAAACAGAUGUUGAACCUUUUCUGGGGUACGACCCUGAAUCAGGUGCAGAAAUAGAGAUGGAUUUAAAAAAAAAUCAAUUGUUUCAUCACUGAACACCUUCCAAGUCCUCAGCACCAAACCCCUCACUCACAGGGGACAGCCAGGAAGCACACGCCACCGAUUCCUAACUUGGACUCCUCACUUGGACCCUUGCAGAGGAGAAUGACAUGAGGCUGGCCAGACUAUGCUGGGGUCCUUCCCUUGUCCUGAUCCCCAGCAGCAGCUCCUAGGUGCAAGAGGAGGACACAGAUGCUGUCUUCAGGGGAGCCGGGCCGUUUGACAGGUUCCAACUAUGGGAGCCCACGCCCCGCCCAUGCCAACAUGAAUGCCAAUGCAGCAGCGGGGCUGGCCCCUGAGCACAUCCCCACUCCGGGGGCUGCCCUGUCCUGGCAGGCAGCCAUCGACGCAGCCCGGCAGGCUAAGCUGAUGGGCAGUGCUGGCAAUGCGACCAUCUCCACGGUCAGCUCCACACAGCGGAAGCGGCAGCAAUAUGGGAAACCCAAGAAGCAGGGCAGCACCACGGCCACACGCCCGCCCCGAGCCCUGCUCUGCCUGACCCUGAAGAACCCCAUCCGAAGGGCCUGCAUCAGCAUUGUCGAAUGGAAACCAUUUGAAAUAAUUAUUUUACUGACUAUUUUUGCCAAUUGUGUGGCCUUAGCGAUCUAUAUUCCCUUUCCAGAAGAUGAUUCCAACGCCACCAAUUCCAACCUGGAACGAGUGGAAUAUCUCUUUCUCAUAAUUUUUACGGUGGAAGCAUUUUUAAAAGUAAUCGCCUAUGGACUCCUCUUUCACCCCAAUGCCUACCUCCGCAACGGCUGGAAUCUACUAGAUUUUAUAAUCGUGGUUGUGGGGCUUUUUAGUGCAAUUUUAGAACAAGCCACCAAAGCAGAUGGGGCAAACGCUCUUGGAGGGAAAGGGGCCGGAUUUGAUGUGAAGGCGCUGAGGGCCUUCCGUGUGCUGCGUCCCCUGCGGCUGGUGUCUGGAGUCCCAAGUCUCCAGGUGGUUCUGAAUUCUAUCAUCAAGGCCAUGGUCCCCCUGCUGCACAUCGCCCUGCUUGUGCUGUUUGUCAUCAUCAUCUACGCCAUCAUCGGCCUGGAGCUCUUCAUGGGGAAGAUGCACAAGACCUGCUACAACCAGGAGGGCAUAGCAGAUGUUCCAGCAGAAGAUGACCCUUCCCCUUGUGCGCUGGAAACAGGACAUGGGCGGCAGUGCCAGAAUGGCACGGUAUGCAGGCCCGGCUGGGAUGGGCCCAAGCACGGCAUCACCAACUUUGACAACUUUGCCUUCGCCAUGCUCACAGUGUUCCAGUGCAUCACCAUGGAAGGCUGGACGGACGUGCUGUACUGGAUGCAGGACGCUAUGGGCUAUGAGUUACCCUGGGUGUAUUUUGUCAGUCUGGUCAUCUUUGGAUCCUUUUUCGUUCUAAAUCUGGUUCUCGGUGUGUUGAGCGGAGAGUUUUCCAAAGAGAGGGAGAAGGCCAAGGCCCGGGGAGAUUUCCAGAAGCUGCGGGAGAAGCAACAACUGGAAGAGGAUCUCAAAGGCUACCUGGACUGGAUCACUCAGGCCGAAGACAUUGACCCAGAGAACGAGGACGAAGGCAUGGAUGAGGAGAAGCCCCGAAACAGAGGCACUCCGGCGGGCAUGCUUGAUCAGAAGAAAGGGAAGUUUGCUUGGUUUAGUCACUCCACAGAAACCCAUGUGAGCAUGCCCACCAGUGAGACCGAGUCUGUCAACACCGAAAACGUGGCUGGAGGUGACAUCGAGGGAGAAAACUGUGGGGCCAGGCUGGCCCACCGGAUCUCCAAGUCAAAGUUCAGCCGCUACUGGCGCCGAUGGAAUCGGUUCUGCAGGAGAAAGUGCCGCGCCGCAGUCAAGUCUAAUGUUUUCUACUGGCUGGUGAUUUUCCUGGUGUUCCUCAACACGCUCACCAUUGCCUCUGAGCACUACAACCAGCCCCACUGGCUCACAGAAGUCCAAGACACAGCCAACAAGGCCCUGCUGGCCCUGUUCACGGCAGAGAUGCUCCUGAAGAUGUACAGCCUGGGCCUGCAAGCCUACUUUGUGUCUCUCUUCAACCGCUUUGACUGCUUCGUCGUGUGUGGCGGCAUCCUGGAGACCAUCCUGGUGGAGACCAAGAUCAUGUCCCCACUGGGCAUCUCCGUGCUCAGAUGCGUCCGGCUGCUGAGGAUAUUCAAGAUCACAAGGUACUGGAACUCCUUGAGCAACCUGGUGGCAUCCUUGCUGAACUCUGUGCGCUCCAUCGCCUCCCUGCUCCUUCUCCUCUUCCUCUUCAUCAUCAUCUUCUCCCUCCUGGGGAUGCAGCUCUUUGGAGGAAAGUUCAACUUUGAUGAGAUGCAGACCCGGAGGAGCACGUUUGAUAACUUCCCCCAGUCCCUCCUCACUGUGUUUCAGAUCCUGACCGGGGAGGACUGGAAUUCGGUGAUGUAUGAUGGGAUCAUGGCUUAUGGCGGCCCCUCUUUUCCAGGGAUGUUAGUCUGUAUUUACUUCAUCAUCCUCUUCAUCUGUGGAAACUAUAUCCUACUGAAUGUGUUCUUGGCCAUUGCUGUGGACAACCUGGCUGAUGCUGAGAGCCUCACAUCUGCCCAAAAGGAGGAGGAAGAGGAGAAAGAGAGAAAGAAGCUGGCCAGGACUGCCAGCCCAGAGAAGAAACAAGAGGUGGUGGAGAAGCCAGCAGUGGAGGAAUCCAAGGAGGAGAAGAUUGAGCUGAAAUCCAUCACGGCUGAUGGGGAGUCUCCACCCACCACCAAGAUCAACAUGGAUGACCUCCAGCCCAAUGAAAAUGAGGAUAAGAGCCCCUACCCCAACCCAGAAACUACAGGAGAAGAUGAUGAGGAAGAGCCAGAGAUGCCUGUCGGCCCUCGCCCACGACCACUCUCUGAGCUUCACCUUAAGGAAAAGGCGGUGCCCAUGCCAGAAGCCAGCGCAUUUUUCAUCUUCAGCUCUAACAACAGGUUUCGCCUCCAGUGCCACCGCAUUGUCAAUGACACGAUCUUCACCAACCUGAUCCUCUUCUUCAUUCUGCUCAGCAGCAUUUCCCUGGCUGCUGAGGACCCAGUCCAGCACACCUCCUUCAGGAACCACAUCCUAGGCAAUGCAGACUAUGUCUUCACUAGUAUCUUUACAUUAGAAAUUAUCCUUAAGAUGACUGCUUAUGGGGCUUUCCUGCACAAGGGCUCUUUCUGCCGGAACUACUUCAACAUCCUAGACCUGCUGGUGGUCAGCGUGUCCCUCAUCUCCUUUGGCAUCCAGUCCAGUGCAAUCAAUGUUGUGAAGAUCUUGCGAGUCCUGCGAGUACUCAGGCCCCUGAGGGCCAUCAACAGGGCCAAGGGGCUAAAGCAUGUGGUUCAGUGCGUGUUUGUCGCCAUCCGGACCAUCGGGAACAUCGUCAUUGUCACCACCCUGCUGCAGUUCAUGUUCGCCUGCAUCGGGGUCCAGCUCUUCAAGGGAAAGCUGUACACCUGUUCAGACAGUUCCAAGCAGACAGAGGCAGAAUGCAAGGGCAACUACAUCACGUACAAAGACGGGGAGGUUGACCACCCCAUCAUCCAGCCCCGCAGCUGGGAGAACAGCAAGUUUGACUUUGACAACGUUCUGGCGGCCAUGAUGGCGCUCUUCACAGUCUCCACCUUUGAAGGGUGGCCAGAGCUGCUGUACCGCUCCAUCGACUCCCACACGGAAGACAAGGGCCCCAUCUACAACUACCGCGUGGAAAUCUCCAUCUUCUUCAUCAUCUACAUCAUCAUCAUUGCCUUCUUCAUGAUGAACAUCUUCGUGGGUUUCGUCAUCGUCACCUUCCAGGAGCAGGGGGAGCAGGAGUACAAGAACUGUGAGCUGGACAAGAACCAGCGACAGUGUGUGGAAUACGCCCUCAAGGCCCGGCCCCUACGAAGGUACAUCCCCAAGAACCAGCACCAGUACAAAGUGUGGUACGUGGUCAACUCCACCUACUUCGAGUACCUGAUGUUCGUCCUCAUCCUGCUCAACACCAUCUGCCUGGCCAUGCAGCACUAUGGCCAGAGCUGCCUGUUCAAAAUCGCCAUGAACAUCCUCAACAUGCUCUUCACUGGCCUCUUCACUGUGGAGAUGAUCCUGAAGCUCAUUGCCUUCAAACCCAAGCACUAUUUCUGUGAUGCAUGGAAUACAUUUGACGCCUUGAUUGUUGUGGGUAGCAUUGUUGAUAUAGCAAUCACCGAGGUAAACCCAGCUGAACAUACCCAAUGCUCUCCCUCUAUGAACGCAGAGGAGAACUCCCGCAUCUCCAUCACCUUCUUCCGCCUGUUCCGGGUCAUGCGCCUGGUGAAGCUGCUGAGCCGCGGGGAGGGCAUCAGGACGCUGCUGUGGACCUUCAUCAAGUCCUUCCAGGCCCUGCCCUAUGUGGCCCUCCUGAUCGUGAUGCUGUUCUUCAUCUACGCGGUGAUCGGGAUGCAGGUGUUUGGGAAAAUUGCCCUGAAUGAUACCACAGAGAUCAACCGGAACAACAAUUUUCAGACCUUCCCCCAAGCUGUGCUGCUCCUCUUCAGGUGUGCCACUGGGGAGGCCUGGCAGGACAUCAUGCUGGCCUGCAUGCCAGGCAAGAAGUGUGCCCCAGAGUCUGAGCCCAGCAACAGCACGGAGGGUGAAACACCCUGUGGCAGCAGCUUUGCCGUCUUCUACUUCAUCAGCUUCUACAUGCUCUGUGCCUUCCUGAUCAUCAACCUCUUUGUAGCUGUCAUCAUGGACAACUUUGACUACCUGACAAGGGACUGGUCCAUCCUUGGUCCCCACCACCUGGAUGAGUUUAAAAGAAUUUGGGCAGAGUACGACCCUGAAGCCAAGGGUCGUAUCAAACACCUGGACGUGGUGACCCUUCUCCGGCGGAUUCAGCCCCCACUGGGUUUUGGGAAGCUGUGCCCUCACCGUGUGGCUUGCAAACGCCUGGUCUCCAUGAACAUGCCUCUGAACAGCGACGGGACAGUCAUGUUCAAUGCCACCCUGUUUGCCCUGGUCAGGACGGCCCUGAGGAUCAAAACAGAAGAGGGACCCAGCCCAUCAGAGGCCCACCCAGGGGCUGAGGAUCCUUUCCGCUCUGCAGGGAACCUAGAACAAGCCAACGAGGAGCUGCGGGCCAUCAUCAAGAAGAUCUGGAAGCGGACCAGCAUGAAGCUGCUGGACCAAGUGGUUCCCCCUGCAGGUGAUGAUGAGGUCACCGUUGGCAAGUUCUAUGCCACGUUCCUGAUCCAGGAGUACUUCCGGAAGUUCAAGAAGCGUAAAGAGCAGGGCCUUGUGGGCAAGCCCUCCCAGAGGAACGCGCUGUCUCUGCAGGCUGGCUUGCGCACGCUGCAUGACAUCGGACCUGAGAUCCGACGGGCCAUCUCUGGAGAUCUCACUGCUGAGGAGGAGUUGGACAAGGCCAUGAAGGAGGCUGUGUCCGCUGCCUCUGAAGAUGACAUCUUCAGGAGGGCCGGUGGCCUCUUCGGCAACCACGUCAGCUACUACCAAAGUGACGGCCGGAGCGCCUUCCCCCAGACCUUCACCACUCAGCGCCCGCUGCACAUCAACAAGGCAGGCAGCAGCCAGGGUGACACAGAGUCGCCUUCCCACGAGAAGCUGGUGGAUUCCACCUUCACUCCCAGCAGCUACUCGUCCACCGGCUCCAAUGCCAACAUCAACAAUGCCAACAACACCGCCCUGGGCCGCCUCCCCCGCCCCACUGGCCACCCCAGCACGGUCAGCACUGUGGAGGGCCAUGGGCCCCCCUUGUCCCCUGCCAUCCGGGUGCAGGAGGUGGCCUGGAAGCUCAGCUCCCAGAGGUGCCACUCCCGGGAGAGCCAGACAGCCGUGGUGGGUCAGGAGGAGACAUCUCAGGAUGAGACUUACGAAGUGAAGAUGAACGAUGACACGGAGGCCUGCAGUGAGCCCAGCCUGCUCUCCACAGAGAUGCUCUCCUACCAGGAUGACGAAAAUCGGCAACUGACACUCCCAGAGGAGGACAAGAGGGACAUCAGGCAAUCCCCAAAGAGGGGUUUCCUCCGCACCGCCUCACUAGGUCGAAGGGCCUCCUUCCACCUGGAAUGUCUGAAGCGACAGAAGGACCGAGCGGGAGACAUCUCUCAGAAGACAGUCCUGCCCUUGCAUCUGGUUCAUCAUCAGGCACUGGCAGUGGCAGGCCUGAGCCCCCUCCUCCAGAGAAGCCAUUCCCCCGCCUCAUUCCCCAGGCCUUUUGCCACCCCCCCGGCCACACCUGGCAGCCGAGGCUGGCCCCCACAGCCCAUCCCCACCCUGCGGCUAGAGGGGGCUGAGUCCAUCGAGAAACUCAACAGCAGCUUCCCGUCCAUCCACUGCGGCUCCUGGGCUGAGACCACCCCCUGUGGCGGGGGCAGCAGCGCCGCCCGGAGAGCUCGGCCCGUCUCCCUCACGGUGCCCAGCCAGGCUGGGGCCCCAGGGAGGCAGUUCCAUGGCAGUGCCAGCAGCCUGGUGGAAGCGGUCUUGAUUUCAGAAGGACUGGGGCAGUUUGCUCAAGAUCCCAAGUUCAUCGAGGUCACCACCCAGGAGCUGGCCGACGCCUGCGACAUGACCAUAGAGGAGAUGGAGAGCGCAGCCGACAACAUCCUCAGCGGGGGCGCCCCACAGAGCCCCAAUGGCGCCCUCUUACCCUUUGUGAACUGCAGGGACGCGGGGCAGGACCUAGCCGGGGGCGAAGAGGACGCGGGCUGUGUGCUCGCGCGGGGGCGGCUGAGUGAGGAGGAGCUCCAGGACAGCAGGGUCUACGUCAGCAGCCUGUAGUGGGCGCUGCCAGAUGCGGGCUUUUUUUUUAUUUGUUUCAAUGUUCCUAAUGGGUUCGUUUCAGAAGUGCCUCACUGUUCUCGUGACCUGGAGUUAACCGGAACAGCGUCUUCAUUCAUUUCUGUUGGGACAAGACGCGGAGCCUGGGUGCGCGAGCCGCCAUCCGGCAGGAAGGCGCCCGGCUGUGUCCGCAGACGCGGGGAGAGGAGACGGCGAGGGUCCCGGGGCGUGAGGAAGGCGCCUGCCCUCCCCAAGCCCGCAGGCCCCGGGACCGGCAGCGCCUCUGUGAGGAGAGCACCCCGGCUUCCUGCGCGCCCUCACCAAAAGGACCCUACAGCAAACGGGUGUCUUUCGACUCUGCUUGUAGAAAACAUUUGCACAUAUUCUGUACGAGCCUGCUGUCUCCCUAGAGCCAGGGCCCUGCGGAUUUGGAGAAAGGAGCCGGGCAGGACUACCAGGAGGACCCCGCCCGGGCCCGGAGAGGGAGGAGGAGGCCGUCAGGGGCGCGGAGCUUUGGGGAUGGGCGUCGGGCCGGCCGGGGUGCCGCUCACCUCGACCGGUCCCCAUCGACCCGCGACAGGAUCGCCCCACAGGCACAGGCCACGCGGGGCUCCCGGCCAGCCGCCCGCCCGCAGGCAGCGCAAGGGAGGAGCUGCGCCGCAGGGAAGGGGCCGCCGGCUCCGCCCGACCAGGUGGUGCUGAGCUUCCGCUGAGCGCUCUUUUGUUUUGUGGUUUGACACUUUUCUUGACAGCAUGUUGCAGUUUUCGGUUUUUUGGAUUUUUUGUUUUGUUUUGUUUUUGGUUUUGGGUUUUUAUUUUUUAUUUUGUUUUCCCAGGGGGAAGGGAGGAAGAAGAGUGUUUACAAAGUCCUGUAGCCCCCUCACCUUUCUGUUUUCAUUUUUGCCAAUGUAAAUCGGGUUUGGUUUUCUUGUAUUAUUUAAAGGAUUGUCGUUUCCUUUUCCCACGGAGGUUCAAUAGAAGCCCCUGGAGGAGAGUUUUACCAUCCUUUGUGUAUGCCCAAUAAUUUGUCAUCAUUUCCUUAGGUAGUAACCUAUUUUUGUUCUGGUUUAGUUCGGUUUUCUAAUGCAAAGGUAACUGGCAAUGCACUUGAUGUGGUCUUGCACAUGUGGGUGAUAGAGUUGGGUUCCUUUUUAUGCUGGGUGUACAGGGGUUUGGGGGAGAGCAGCAUGCUCGAGAGACUCUGUGAGUGUGCGACGCGUGUGUGCGUGGUGGGUUGUCUGUGCGCAUAUGUCCUACCUAUGUAUAUGCACCCACACCAUAUGCCCGCGCACACCAGUGGCUACGCAGUCCCCCCUUUCUGGUUUAACUGUGGGAAGAUCUGAAUCUGGGGCCAUUUGAAGGCAAAAACAAACCCACUGUCUCUGUUUCUGAAAUGGGAAUCAGUAACCCUUUGCAUUCUGUCCCACAAGAUAUGCAAAAACAAUGCAAUAAUAUUCAUUUAAAAAUACAAUUGUGAGUUGUGUUGGCAUUAAAGCUGUAUUUAAAAAAAAGACACAGAAAUUUAAGAGAAAAACACAAGAAGGCAUUUUGCUUCAAUAUAUUCCGUGUAAUGUUUUAUUGCAUUGAUAAUGCUUCUGUUGAAGAAACCGUUAUACUUGAAUUCAGGUCAGUUUCAGUAUUUUUCAAAUAUUUUUUUAAAACUGAAUUGCAAUUGUGCCAAGCGAAUAUAAUGAAUUGAAUUAAGUUGGGUUUUGGAUUCACUUCUUGUAUAUUUUGCUGCAUGUAAAGUAAAUCAUUUUGUAUUUGGAGUGUGAUAGGCUCUACCUUUGAACUCUUAAGUGCUUUUCUAUAUGUGGUUGGGGGAAAGGGAAUGAGUUUUCUUUAAUUUGCACAACGAGCAAAGGUAUCAGCAGUGCAGCCAUUAUUCUGCUCUCCACAACAGGCUUGGACACUACUGUUUUGCAUAUCUUGUGUUCGCUUCCAUUUCCCUCAGUUUUUCCAAAAUCAUUUGCUGGGUAUGUUCGUACCGCCUCCUGCUGUGAGACCAGGACCUAUUUUAUUCCUGUCUUCACUGUGUCCACCCUGCUCUGGUCCUCUGAUUUGGUACUUCUCCAAGAACAGUCCUUCACUAUGAGGCUUAGGGAGGCAUUCUGACCAGCCCUCAGUCUCGGGGCUGGCGUGUGCAUCCCCCAUGGAAGAGGCGGCUGGCUUGCCCUUCACUCCCACCACUCAGACUUUUCUUGUUGGGUUCCUUAGAAAAGUGUACACUAACCAGGAGGAUGAAAUUAAAGUCAGGCUGCUUGGAGGGAGGGGCAUCCUCACUUCAGGGAUCUGCUCUAUCCAAGAAACAGCAGGGGCUCGAGAAAGGAACUAACUGGUGAAACCAACUGAAAGUCAACUCUGCCUGCUCCUUUCUCCGUCCCUUCCUCACUCCGGAGCUGCCUUGCCUUCAGGCCUGCCCUCAUGUUUGGGCUGCCAAGGAGGGGCCAGGACAAGGGAAGAGGCAUCAGGAGCUCACGGUGCGGGUGGGGAUGGAUUUUGUGAGGACAUCUCCGCUGCUCAUUUACAUCUCCCUACUCUGUUGGUGCUGUGUCCUUCAAAUGUGUGUCAACAGUGAUGAUUGAAAAGGGACUGCUUUGGGGAAAACAGGACCCAAUCAUUUGCCCAGAAUUGACCCAUUGAAUCUCUUCCAGUCCUAGCAUUCCCUCAGCCCCUCUUGGCACACAUACAAGCAAGCUAGAAAUUAAGGAAGAGUCCGUUCCUCUAUGGCAACUUGCUAGACUGAUUCAUGAAAAGGUGGAGAAAUGUGCUCAAUACUCCCCAGUUAACACAGGCUAGAAACAGAGCUUCUUCAUGGAUCUCCCAAGUCAUCCAAACUUUCUUGAUUCCCUUUCAGUGCCCAUCCGGCUCCCCUAGAAAUUGAGUUUAGGUAUCAUCCUUUGAAAAGUUUCCAAGAUUUCUUCCAGGAAGUACACACAGGAAUCCUUGUCCAGGGCAAGAGGACUUUCCUAGCCUGACCUCCUGAUCCACUAGAAUGAGACUGACAGAACAGACUGGCACACCAAGUAGCGACAUCAACAAACCGCAGCCACGAGUUUCAAAGUGGUGUCUACUCUCCACCUAAAAUGGAAUUUUCCCCAUGACCUUUUAAAACAUAACUGUCACAUCUUCCAUACCCCUCCCGACAGCCACCGAGUGGCAGGAGAAAACAGCUAAGGGCUGAGGGCCCAAGGGACUUGGAGAAACACAGUUUAGGAUCUGCAGUUAAGUCAACUUAAUCCUCGUCCUCUGACCAGCCCUGCCUCUUUCAUUUCCAGACCUUGGUGAACUUUUCCCAGCUUUGAUUCAGAAGGUAUUAGUUAUAACCCCUUUUCUUCUUAACCCAGUAGGCCUCACUCUGACUGGGAAAUCCACUCAAAGGAGCAAGGCAGUGUCUCUCAUUCUCCCGUUUCCCAGUUUCAAAUUCCAGGUGCUUGUCUGGAGCGAAGCUGCCUGUCACUUUCUCCCAAGUUUUCUCUACCCAGCACAUCUCCUGGCCAUCCCGCUGAAGACAGGGGUGCAACCUCAGGAAAAGCAGGUCUUUGCAUGCUCAAGUUCAUCUCCUGAGAAAUAGGGACACCUUGAAAAUGAGGACUUUGGAAGUUACCCAGAGAAUGGUGGCUGCGAGCCCUGAGGUACACAGUCACCACUGCUAAAGGCAAAGCAAUGGAAUAAGAAUGUAGGUCAGAGGUAGAAUGCAACCCUGCUCCUUGGGGGUUUUAGCCUCAUCAAACCAUCAUGGAAAGGGUGGCAAAGGAGGAUGAUGGCAUCUCCGUCCCUAGAGGCCUAGAAUAAUUAAAUAUCAUUGUCGAGGAUUUAGAAACAAUUCAGCAAAGAGCCCACAAAAUGGGUCUGCUGGCUCCCAGAAGACCUCCUUAAACCCCAAGGGAGGAAACUUGAUGAUGGCUUCUGGGCCAAUUCCAUGUUUUAAAGAAGACCUGCCUCUGAAGCAAAUGUCAGCACAGAGAGGACUAGGGGGUGAAUGAAGGCAAGAAAAGGGCAUAUUUUGACUCCCUGUGUCUCUUCCCAUUUCAUGGAAGGACGUGUUCUGCUCAGCCACCCACAGUGACCAGUGUGGUGGAGCCGCUGACAUCUCGAGGAUCUAUUUGGGAAGGUGAGAAAGUGCACAUUCCAUCUGGGGGUGUUGUCCCUGCCACAUCAGCCUACCUGGUGGGGUGUGAGGGUGUCUGCCGCCCUGUCCCCCCUCUGCUGAUGUCCCUUCCCUCAUGUUGUCCAGGUGCCACCAGACACAGGCCCCCGUACAAAGGCAGGCGGGGAAGCCCGAACCUCACAAGGAGGCCCUCGGCUGCCAGAGUCCAGGUUCUCCAGCAGCUACGAUUUAAGGAGGUUGAGGGGAAAGACAGGAGGGAAAGAAGAGUCCUACAACCAUCAGGGAUGGGGCACCUUUCCCUGUCCCUGAGCAGAGCUCCCUCUUCCCACUGCCGUCCCCAGCCCCAGCUCCCUGUCCUCCCCAAAACCUAGUGAGAAAGAUGGUGUGUGGAAGUGGUCCCAUGGGCAGAUGCUACACAACCUCUUUAUGAAGCCACUUCUGGGUUUAACUUAUUUAAGUCAUUUAUUUUUAUGUCAAAGCAAUGAAGCAUUUCUUUGUGGAGCCAGAUAGCAAUAUAACAGACCAAUGGGUUUCUGCCACAUCUCUACAUUAUCGUGGGGGAUGCUUAACCUACCUCUCCCCCUCCCCACCCUUCAGGCCCAAGGGCUGGGAUUCAGCUCUAGGUAUGGGACUUCCCUACUCCUGCAAGGCUGAGCACUGUACACACAGACAAGGAGGGCGCAGCAGAGUGAUGCUCCUGGGUGGAAGUAGUACCAUCAGAACCUUAUUAUUAUGAGAUAAAUACUAUUUACGUACAUUGAGAGAGUACUACAAUCAACGCUUCCUCCUGGGGUGACCUUAAGAGGUUUGAGCCACUGCACCUGAAGUGGUAAAGGUCCGUGGUCUUUGUGGGGUGUUAGAGAAGCCUUCAGUCACCUCUGAAAGCACUCUAGCUCUUGCAGCUCAGUGGAUGAAGAGUAACAAAUCUGUUGAGCACUGGGAGGAGUCAGAGUUAGCAUUUUGAUGAAAAUUCUCCCACAUGUCUACUAAGAAUGAGGAAGACAAGAUGAAGACGAGGUGAUUACACAAAGGUCUGAAAUGUUAUAUCCCCAGAGCCAAGUCCUCUCCCUUCAGAUCAGUUACUGGCUACUGCACAGGGGCACCCCCACCCUUGCAGGGCAUCCCAUGUACCCCAAUUCUCAGGAGCUAAGGAGUUUGACUUUGUAGGGAUCCCAGAAAGGGCACCGUGCCACUUCCUUUGGCAUGAAUCAGACAUACAUUGUACAUUCGUUUCUUUUUUUUUUGAGACAGAGUCGCCAGGCGCCAGACUGUGGCACAAUCUCGGCUCACUGCAACCUCUGCCUUCUGGGUUCAAGCAAUUCUCCUGCCUCAGCCUCCUGAGUAGCUAGGACUACAGGCGCAUGCCACCAUGCCCAGCUAAUUUUUGUAUUUUUAGUAGAGAUGGGGUUUCAUCAUGUUGGCCAGGAUGGUCUCGAUCUCUUAACCUCAUGAUCUGCCUGCCUUGGCCUCCCAAAGUGCUGGGAUUACAAGCAUGAGCCAGUGCACCUGGCCCAUUGUACAUUUAUUUCUAAAAUUCACUCAUGCACCUCAGACUAAGGUCAUUAUCCAAAAAAAAGCUCUGGGUGGAAGAGCUUGUAGGUUUUAAGAGAGGGUUAUUUCUCUGUGAGGAAAUGCAGAAAUUGACAGAAAGUUUCUUAUACACUGUUUGAGUCUGGAGAAUUUCCAUUAUGGAAUUCUUAGAGAUCUCAAGUUUAUUGGCAAGGGAAUAUGGAAAAAGAGGUGAGCAGGCACCAGGCUAAGCAUUGGCCCCCUUGCCAAGGAACCUGGGGCUGUAGGUUUCAGAGACCUCCUUAAAGAAACCUGGCCAUUGGCCAGAAAAAAAGAGAAGACUCUUCUAUAGAGUCACAAGAGAAGCGAAAGCAGGUGUGUCACUGGGUCCUGUAUAUAGCCCCCAAUCCCAAGACUUCCCAACAUGGAGAAACUACACCAAUGUUUAAAAGGGGAAAGGAAAGAACUUGCACAUCAAGGGAAGAUGACUUGUAAACACAGUCCUGUGCAAAGAUCUCCUUCAGGAGGUGUCUCUAGCAUCCCAGAGCUGUGGGCACCUUCUGCUUUCCUGCCUCAGGCCUCUUAUGCAUCCAGCUGCACCCCAUCCCCAAACCCAAAACCCAUCUCUUGAAUCCCAGCCAGAUUAUAUACCACCCCAUUGCCAUGUCCCACCCUGCCCAGAAUGUAUGCUGUUCUCCCAGAGCCUCGCGGGAAUGAGGCCUUGCAACGCGGCCGUGGGAAAUGUCUGUGAUGGUAGUGGAUGAGAAUAACCGGUGGCAAAACACACAUGUUCAUUAAAAAUAGGGUGACAGAUUCCCCGUUGGUGAAGCACUGAAAGGUCUAUGACUCUCAUCAUAUUGCUGUUUUAUUUUAAUCCACCAGAGCUACCAUGCAAAACUUUCCUCCCAUGAAAGGCUCCAGAUAAAGCUCCUCUAUCUCUCCUCUCCUCGUGUCCUCCCACUCAAACCCACCUUUAUCCCCAAAACCAAUCUGUAUCAUGCCUGUUCUCAGAGAGGCACAGAAAAAUGGGCAGUGCCUCCAUUGUCACCAUUACCCAGCCCCUGCACACGCCACACCCUCCCCUCCAGGCUCCACGACUUCACAGUCUUACUGUUGUAAAUAUCAUUGUACAGUUUGUAAUCCUCAAAUAAUCCCAUUGUCGGAGGCCUCGCCUGAUGAGCCUUCUCACCCUUGAGAAAGGCCAGGGAAUCUAGAAGGGGCAACCCUUCAAGGAGAGUUUCAGGGUCAGCUCUGUGUGAGACACUAUUGUAUAUUCCUGUAAGAUUGCAUUUUUAUCUAAGGAAUGAUGUUAUUUAAAAAACAAACAAAAAACACAAAAAAUAAGAAUUGCAAAUAAAUUUCUUAACAAUGUCUA